UAACCAGCGGUUGCCAGUUUAAAGAACAUGGCUGAAAACAAUGACUGCAGUUAUUGAGCUAACUCUACGAUUUCUUCACACUUGUCAACAAAGACAUUAAUAUUGAAGCGGUAAUAAAGUGAAAAAUACAUUAUAGUUAAAAGUAUAUAAUAUUAUGGCAACUGCUAUUCAAAAAAAUAGCAUGAAACCUUUAACAAAUAGAUCUUUAAAUCAUGUAGAAAAUGUAGACAAUUUAAAUAACAGUGAUAUAUGUACUGAAACAAAAGAUAAUGGACUCUUUAAAGAAGAAAUUGAAACGUGUAUGACUGAAUCAGAACAAGAAACACCUGAGCUUGAUAUUGUUAUUAAUAAUGUAGUUUGUAGCUUUAGCGUAAGAUGUCAUCUUAACUUAAGAGAAAUUGCACUUAAUGGCUCAAAUGUUGAAUACAGAAGAGAAAAUGGAAUGAUCACAAUGAAAUUACGGAGACCAUAUACCACUGCUUCAAUUUGGUCUUCAGGAAAAGUAACUUGUACUGGUGCAACUAGUGAAGUCGAAGCAAAAAUAGCAGCACGUAGAUUUGCACGUUCUCUUCAAAAAUUGGGCUUUAAGGCACGAUUUAAUAAUUACAGGGUGGUUAAUGUAUUAGGUACAUGCUGUAUGCCAUUUGAUAUCAAAAUAACAUCGUUUUCAAUAUGUCAUAAAGAAAAUGCUGACUAUGAACCAGAAUUACAUCCUGGUGUAACAUAUAAAUUGAAAGAACCAAAAGCAACAUUAAAAAUAUUUUCUACUGGAAGUGUUACAGUAACUGCUCCCAAUGUUGCUGCUGUUCAAGCAGCAAUAGAAUAUAUCUAUCCGCUAGUCUAUGAAUUCCGCAAAGAACGUUCAGUAGAAGAUAAGUUGGCAUUGGAAACAAAGAAACGUAGAUUAAGUAGGAAGAGAAAUCAAGAAGAGUUCCUACGUGAUACAGAUCUAUUAUAUGAUCCUAUGUUUUCUCCAUCUUCAUCUUCUGUUGAUGAGGAAGUUGACAGUGAUGCUAGUUGGGACUGAACUGUUUAUCUUAUUAUAUUUUGUUGAGUAUAAAACAAUCAUGUGUAUAUUUCGUUCAAUUAAGAACGAUUACAAAUUGCACUGGACAAUUGCUGCUGCUAAGAGUGAAGUGAUGCAUAAUUCAUUUUCUUAGUGUCUGACAAGUGCGUGAGUGUCAAAGACAAUAGUGUACAUUUAUGUGCACUUUAAUCUGUAAUUAUCUUUGCACGUAUCAAUCUGACUGACUUAUGUUUUUAAAAUUACAUCCCUCAUAUUUUCAUUCUACCACAAUAUAUUAGGCAUAAACAUCUCUCUUAGGCAUAUAUGGAACAUGUCAUUCUUAUGUAUACUAUCAUUCACUUUUGAAAGGAAUAUUUGGGAUGUAUUUAGUAAUAUUUCUGACAAGACUUAGUUCAUAUAAGGGAUCACUCGUUUGUAUUUAUGCUUUUAAGAAUUAUAAAAAUUAAAAUUAGGUAAUAGAAAAGAUAUACAUAUAUACGUUCUAAUAAUUCAGAUUGCAUCAAACGGACAAUCUUUGGGCUAUGCAGACAAGUGCCACCAUAAUAAUUGAUUGGUGAUAUGUAUAUUUCUUUUAUUUUUUUUUGUUCUAUUUUUUUUUACAUACAGAUUUGUCUGUUUACGUUUAAUGAACGUAUACUGUGCCAAAGAUGGAUGUUCAAAAUUUGAUGUUACAAUUGAAAAACAUGGAAAACUACAAAUUUAUUUCACUGCUGUAACAUUUAGCUUUUUCAUUAAUAUAGUCUGCUUUAAUGAAUAUAAUAGUAUUUUAAUAUAAUAAUCUAUAUUUUGCGAUGUUUCUAGAAAGAGUAUAUAAUAUCGUUGAUUCAUCAGACUGUAUCAAGCAAAAAUACUAUAUAUAUAUAUUUAAGUUUGUAUAAUCAACAUUAAUAAUAGCCCAUUCUCGAUCAAACACACGACAGAUUUAUUUAAUACAUUCAGAUCAAACAGUUAUUUACAAUGUACCAUUGCUAUCAUUAUCCUAUAAUUAUAUAGGAUAUGAAUAUAGAUCAAUGACAUUUUCAGCUGUUAACUUACUGACACUCAUGUGUUAAUUAUUUUGUAUAUGAAAGUUAGUGUUAUUAUAUUAUUAGGCAGUAUUAAGAUAAGUUCGUCGAUAAUUAUGAUAAGAACUAUAAACUUAUGAAAUAUCACAAAUAAUUCUAGGCAAUAACAAAUAUCAUAAUUUGUGAUAUUAUAAGUCCAAAUGCAUAUUAUUUAUGUGUAUGUAUACAGAUGAUCACAGAUCAAAAAAAAAUUCUUAGUUCUUACUAAAAUACUCUCUAAAUUUUUAAAAUUCUAUGGUGAACAUUUUAGUAGCAAUGUACCAAAGUUACAAAAAAUAUCAAAAAAUAAAUGAUAAGAUACUUGAAAUAAAUGGCAACUGGAAGAUCUGAUAGUAUAA